ACGGGGUUCUCUCCUGCACUCAUUCGAAGAGAAAAUAUACCUUCGCGAAAAGAAAAAAAAAAAUCCUGUUGUAUGCUCACAAAAAUCUCUCAACUCUUCCUCAGAUUUCUUCAUGCCAUUGCCGGAAUACCCCUGAUCUCGUGCCCAAAGUUCUCCGCACCGCUCCCGAUCUCUCCCCCGGUUCGCUCGUUUUCCCAUUACUAAUUUUCUCAAUAUUUUUUUCCUCCAUUUUUAAAGGAGAAGACUGCUGGAACAAUGGACGGAACGCCUGAAACUCUCCCGCCGGCGGCAUUUCCGGGCGAGAUCAGCUCCACCCUAUCGGAGAUCCUCCUAUCUGGAACCGACCCCCUGGACUUCAUCUUCUCCCACCUACCGCCCCAGGUCCCGGCGGCGCCGGAGCCCCUCGGAUCCAGUGUCUACAGCCACCAGACGGAGCUCCUCCGGCGACUCGCAAUCCAAGCCGGGCCCUUCUCCGGCCCCUUCCCCUCCGACCUCACUCCGCCCGCUUGGGAAGUGGCGGCGGCCGAUCAACAUCACCGCAUCUUCUACGGCGUCGGGCCGGCGAAGAAGAAGCUCUAUCGGGGAGUCCGGCAGCGGCACUGGGGGAAGUGGGUGGCUGAGAUCCGGCUCCCCCAGAACCGGGUGCGGGUCUGGCUCGGCACCUACGACUCGCCCGAGUCGGCAGCCUACGCCUACGACCGCGCCGCCUACAAGCUCCGCGGCGAGUACGCCCGCCUCAACUUCCCGGACCUCAGGGACGGCGGCGAUUGCCCCGAGAAGCUCCGCGCUCUCAGAUCCGCCGUCGACUCCAAGAUCCAGGCCAUCUACCAGCGGCUCGAGCGGCCGAGAAUAUCGAAACGAAGAUCCAAGUCCGAGAAGGGGAAGGCCAAGGGAGAGAGACGGAGAGACGAGAAGUCGUUAACGGCGGCGGCGGAGGGCCCAUCGGAAAUGCCGUCGUCGGUCUCGGAGGGGAGUUUGAUGACGGCGGGAUGCACGGAAAUGGAAGGCGACUGUUCGCUGUCGCGGCUGCCCUCAAUUGAUCCCGAGUUAAUCUGGGAAAUACUCGCUAAUUAAGUCAAAAAAUCCGUAUUAGCUUCAUAGAUAUAUAACUAGUGGAUAAACAAGAAUUAAGAAGUCUGAUACUUAAUACUAAAUAAAUGUCGUUGUUUCUACUGAGAUAUUUGAUGUAUGAUGUGAUAUCCGGAUGGAUUUAGGCUUUAGUUUGGCAUGUGGAGGACAACAAAAAAGCUAGAGGAUUGGGAUAGCAGGUCUGGUUGGCCAUAAAGGUUUGGUCCUCUCGGAGUGUGGUUCGUAUACGAAAUCCAAUUUUUGUGAAGGAUUUGGAUAUUGAUGAAUGAUACGUGUGGCCGUGUGUUUGAAUCAUAUGUAUGUAUAUGUAAUGGGAAGAGCUUUUUGAUGGACGGUUUUUCAUUUUAA